AUGAGGCAUGAACCAACUAGAACAUAUAUAGGAGGGCAGGUAGAAUGCUUUGAUUUUUUGGAUAUUGACCAAUUUGGUAUAUUAGAUAUGUGGGAUUUUGCAAAUGCUUUAGGGUACACUGAGAAGGGAAGUUUCAAAUUUUGGCUAAAACAUGAGAAUUGUUUUAGGCCAAUUGAAACUGAUGCUGAUGUUCUUAGCAUAGCUGACUGUAUUCCUUCAAACUUUGAAGUUCAGAUGUUCAUUGAAAAGGUUAAUAACUCAGAGGGGGGUACUGAAUCUGUCAUAAAUGAUGAAAUUGGGAUAGAUGAAACUGGGGUAGAGUUAAGUGAUGAGGGUGAUGACAGUGAAGAUGAUGACAUUUUUUAUGAGUCAGAGUAUGAUAUGGAGGAUGAUGAUAAGCUAUUUGAAGCUUAUGUUGAUCCUGAAGCUGAAUUUGGUGGUUUAGACAAGGGCAAGGGUAAGAUAGAUGAGGGUAGUGAAUUCAUAAGUGGUGGGAUGUUUGAUAAGCUAUAUAAUGAAGAAGGGGAGGAAAAUCUUGUUGCUAGUGAUGAUGACUUUGUCAGUGGUGGUAGUGAUGAAGAAAGUGUUGGGGUGAAAUACCCUAAGUUCAAUCCUAGAACUGAAAAAAAAAAUCCAGAACUGAAACUAGGAUUAAUUUUCAGUAGCAGGGAUGAGGCUAAGUUUGCCAUUGAGAGUCAUUGCUUUAGGAGAGGUAUGAUGAUAAAAUUUCAGAAGGUUGACAAGAUUAGGUUGAUGGCAGUUUGUAAAAAAGAUGGGUGUGAGUGGUUUUGCUAUGUGGGAAAGAUGCAGGGGGAUGGUGCUUGGCAAAUUAAGAGCUAUAAUCCAAAUCAUAACAAAUGCUCUUGGAAUUAUAACAACACAAGCAUUAAAUCAGGGUGGAUUGGGAAGACUUUUGUGAAAAAAUUGAAAGAAAAUCCAAAAUUGGGCACAAGUGAAUUUAGAAAUGAAGUUUGUACCACCUUAAAGGCCAAUGUAUCUAGAUCACAGGCCUAUAGGGCAAAGCAAAAGGCUCUGAAACUGAUUCAGGGUACUUUAGAGGAACAAUUUAGCAAAAUAAGGGAUUAUUGUCAAGAGUUAGAUAGGAGUAACCCUGGCUCUACUGUGAGAAUGCAGUUGAAUGAUGAAAACAGGUUUAAAAGAUUUUAUAUGUGUUUUAAUGCAUGUAAAAUUGGGUUUAGGAAUGGUUGCAGGCCAGUGGUUGGGGUAGAUGGAUGUUGGUUAAAGGGUAAUCAUGGGGGUCAGUUGCUUAGUGCAGUUGGAUUAGAUCCAAACAAUAACAUCUAUCCAAUUGCAUAUGCAAUAGUUGAGAGUGAGACAAAAGAGAGUUGGAUGUGGUUUUUGAAUAUGCUGAAUAUUGAUCUCAACUUUAGUGAAAAUGAACACACAUGGACAUUCAUGUCUGACAAGCAAAAGGGCUUGAUUCCAUCCUUUGAAACCUUGUUCCCAACUGCUGAAAAUAGGUACUGUGUUAGGCAUCUUCACAGUAACAUGAAAAGGGAUGGUUUCACUGGAUUGGCCAUUAAAUCAGCCUUAUGGGCUGCAGCAAGGGCAACUAGAGUUGAGGAAUUUCAGAGGAGAAUGCAAGAGUUGAAUGAGAUAGAUGAAAAUGCCUAUAUUUGGCUAGCCAAAAAACCUCCACAAAACUGGUCUAGGUCUCAUUUCACUACCUAUCCCAAGUGUGAUAUUUUGUUGAAUAAUAUGUGUGAGUGUUUCAAUAGCUUCAUACUGGAUGCAAGAGAAAAACCAAUUAUCUCUUUGCUUGAAUCUAUUAGAAACCUCUUGAUGACAAGAAUUCAGAUAAAUAGAGAAAAAACACUUAAGUGGGAUGGUCCUCUCUGUCCUAAGAUUAAGCAAGUGUUGAUGAAGACAAUGAAAGAAGCUGGAGAGUGCAUUCCAAUAAGGUCUGAUGAGUGGAAUUUCCAAAUUAUGGGACCUUCAACUCAGCACAGUGUUGAUGUUAGAGAGAGGAGGUGCAGCUGCAGGAAAUGGGAUCUCACUGGAAUCCCUUGUAAACAUGCAUGUUCUGCUAUCUGGUGCAGAAAUGAAGAUCCAGAAUCUUAUGUGCACAAUUGUUACAAAGUGGAGACCUAUCUGAAAUGCUAUGAAACUCCUAUCUUUCCUUUAAAUGGACCUGAAUUGUGGCCUGCCAGUACAAUAGAGCCUCCAUUACCACCCAAUUACACAGACAAAGUAGGUAGGCCUCAAAGAAUUAGAAGGAGAGAAGCAGAUGAGCCACCUGUUGCAAAAAAUCCUCAUAGGCUGGUUGGAGUUAAAAGAUCAAACAAGUGCAGAACAUGUGGAGGCACAAACCACAACUCUAAAACAUGCAAAAAGAGGAAGUUUUCACAGGUUCAAGAAGGGAGCAAGGGUGAUGGUAUGAGUGCUGAGCAAGGAAACCAAAGGAAUGAAGUUGAAGCUUCAACUCAAGCUUCAGUUUCAACUCCACAAGUACCACAACCACCAAUUCAGACUGCAAAAGAUAAAGAAAAAUUACAGGUUUAUAAUUGUAUUAUUUUUUUUAAUUUCAAUAUCUCAAUUUAUAUAAUAUAUAAAAUUUCAAUUAUGCAAGUUAUUUGUUCAAAAUUGCAGUUUAGAAGACCUCAGAAGAAAAUGACAGUAACAGGCAGAAGAAACAUAAUUGGAUCCUUUAAGCCAAGUCAAUCUUCUCCAACAAUCCAGGCUCCAAUGAUUGUAAAAGGAGGUGUUAAUUUCAUAACACUAUCCAAUUUAGCAUCAUCAGUGACCAAUCAACUGAAGGGAAACUCAGGCUCUGAAAUUGGUGCAAGUUCUUCUAAGUCAGCCUCUGCAUCCAUCACAAAUUCCAAGGCAUCUUCCAAGUCAGUAGUUGCUUCCAAGGCAUCUUCCAAGUCAGUAGUUGCUUCCAAGUCAGCCUCCAAGAUGAAGAAGUGAUCAAGUUUGAACAAGAUUGUACUUUUGUUAUUUUGUUUGUUUGUUAGCUAGUUUGAUGUUUGAAUGUUGAAUAUUUGGUUGUUUAAUGUUUGAUGGUUUGUUAGGAUUUGAACACAGUUUGAUGGUUUGUUGAUUUGUUUGGAUUUGAACACAGUUGGUUUGUUUGAGAUGUUUGAUUUGUUUGAAUUUGAACACAGUUGGUUUGUAUGAGAUGUUUGAUGACUCUUUUAAGUUAUUGAAUGUU